AUGAGCGAAUUCGCCAAACAACCACACCCAGAUGCAGCCCACAGAGAACGUCUGUCCCGAGAGAUCCCCGGAUUGAGCCCGCGGCAGGUUCAAGUAUGGUUUCAGAAUCGGCGGGCCAAGAUCAAGAGAUUGACGGCAGACGACCGAGAGCGCUUGAUCAAGAUGCGCGCUGUUCCGGACGACUUUGACAACGUACAGGCGCUCCACUCUCCAUACGGCGCAGUACGGGGGCUCGGGGGAUCCGUCUCCUCCCCUGUUGACUUCAACCCAUCGGGCUAUGCGGAACACAUGAUGCCCCCCUUGGUGGUCGACGUGCGACGGUCGGAAAGAGACGACCAUAUGUCACCGACAGGUCUGAGCCCGGCGUUCGGAAACAUCCGAUUCGGCCCGUCGGCUCCGAUGAGCAGCCCGGAUCUCCUAUCACCGCUGUCUCCUUCCACCAACGACCAGCGAUAUGGGUACGGCAGUCACGCGUCGGGAUCCAUGGGCGCAAGGGCACCACCACCAAGGCAGCCCAACGUGCUGGGACGACAGGGAAGCUUGGACCAGGGCAUGAUGCAUAACCGACAGCAGGCCCGUCCUCUUCAACCCCUUCAGCUGAGAGACACGCUGUCUAGAACCAGAUCCGAGAACCUCCAAUCGCCGCUACGUGCGGGCAUGUCCUGGAAGGGCGACUCGAUCGACUAUACAACGUAUUCGGGGGAUAGCGCGAGUCCUGGUGGGCGGGCCCAACCCGUCUAUCAAGCAGAACAAAUGAACAGCAACACACCGGGAAGCAGUCUCGGAGGGUUCGACUCGCCUUAUUCUGCAGGGCACACGAUUCGAUCCCCUUCCAAUAUGAACUACCCAGGCUACCAAUCACCAAACAUGCCACAAACUUCGCAGGGCAAACUGAGGGGCCGCGCUUCGUCUGCGACAUUCCCGCUAGGUCUCGACCUCCGUAACCAGUACCGCCAUCCCAACGCAAGCGCCCAAUCUCCCGGUCCCCACCCGAACUCUGCCGGCGGCGGCGGAGAUAGCAACACAUACUCGGCCGGUUUCCCGUCCGCCCCUCUGACGGCGCCCCUGGACUUUUCGUUCUCCCGGACACCCGGCAGCGGUGCCAACAUGCAGGACUACAGCAUGCCUCAACUGAGCGCCCCGAUGGCGCCCCCUAGCGACUUCUCCCAAGCCUUCCACGGCGGCAGCGCGACCAACUCGGGAAGGACGCCCAUGCGGGAGAACUUUGGGGCUGGUCAUCUAGGGCCUGGCGAUCAACGAGCCGGCGGAGAUGAGUACGGAUCAUCGGACUUUGGACACGGCUCGUCGUUGAAGCGGAAGAGGGGCUUCACGAUGCCUAUCGGAACGCCUACUUCGGCGCCUGGUUCGCAUGCCUACGGCAAUCCGGCGUAA